AUGUCAGACCUCAGCAAAAUGGAAAGUCGAAAAAUGUCGUACCGCGUGGACGGCGAGUUCUUCAUCAUCACGUUCACCGAUCCCAAAUCGCUUAAUGCGCUCUCAGGAACCGAUUAUAUUUAUUUAGCACACCUUUUGGAGAUAGCAGAUCGGUGUGAUACUGUGAGUUUUACGGUAUUACAAAGUACCGGACGUUUCUUCUCAGCAGGCGCAGAUAUUUCUCACAUCGAGCAGGUCCAGGCGGCCGCCAAAUCAGAACCCUCGGGGAUGCUAGGAAAAUGGCUCUCAGAGUUUGCCAGCCGGAAUGUAUAUGUGACGCACACCUUUGCUACACACACCAAGAUCCUCGUUUGCUGCCUCAAUGGGCCAGCAGUGGGUCUUACCGCUGCCAUUGUAAUGCUGUGCGAUCUAGUGUACUGCAUGAACGACGAUGUUUAUUUGUUGUUUCCAUUUGCCAACCUGGCUUUGGUCACCGAAGGCGCUCUCUCAAUCACCUUACCUAUGAAGCUGGGCUAUAACGUGGCCCAUGAAAUAUUGAUGUUCGCCAAGCCAGUCACAUAUCAGCAGCUCAUCGACAAAGUGAUUGUGCGGAAUUACAAGCUCACGGACGCAGAGACUUUCAACAAUCAAGUAUUGUCCGAUCUUUUCGAAAAAACGUCAGGUCUAUUUCACGACAGUUUUAUCAACAUGAAAAGCCUGCUGAAAAGACCAAUACUCUCAGAACUGAAGCGUGCCAAUAUUGACGAAGUCGCCGACGCCAUGAAAUACUGGGUUCAAGGCCUCCCACAAAAGCGGUUCCAGGAAAUUGGUUCGAAGCAACGCAAACACAAGUUCUAA